AUUCAACGGAUGCAUCCGACCUCCCACCCUCAAAUAGCGCCGGGCGCGUCAUAGCGCGGCCUUGCACCGAAGUGAAGGAAUGGGAGCCGAACAAUACACAGGUACAGAGCCGGAGGAUAUAGGCUCCAUCCUAUGGACGCGUUCCAAUGUGUUACUCACUUCCCAUCCGAAUCUCCCACAAAUCCAUGCACAGUUCAUUUCGAGGCAAUCCAAGUCAUUCCCUUUGAAAAAAUUUGAUCUCCCAUCACCACCUGUUGUUGCAACAUCUGCGGCAUUCUAUAAACCUCCGAUCUGUAUCGCCGUUUCUUCAGACGAUUCCCAUAUGUUUGCGUUCUUUCCGCCUUCACCCCUCAGCGUUGAGGGCGGGGUAGCCUGUGUGUGGAGCCGAGGCAGAGAUGUUGCUACAUAUACAAUCGAAGAUUCAUGGAAGUUGGAGCGUGGUAACGAGGUCGUGGCGAGCCGCUGGAUUGGCGGUGAGCGAAUUUGGUCGGCUGCUCCAGACCUGUCAGAAGGUAGAAAGUUGGUUCGUACACCAGUGAAAGGCCCAAAGACUGCUGGGGUUCCGGCGUUGAUUUUAAUCACGAAAAUGAUGGAAGCUCAGCUUCAUUUGAAAACAUCUUACCCCCCACUGAUACAAGGCCAACAUCAGAACCCCAGUCCUGCUUUAAGCACCUUCGAGUACCCAUAACAAGACCAGGCCAGACAAAAGAGUCGCCGGACCUUGCGCUUCUGAACGCUUCCGACGACGGAUUAGGGCAAUUGAUGUGUGUUAAGGCAUCAAUUGGUGUUUCCUUUGAUGGUUUGAUAUUUAGAAGCUUGUUCCGACGAGAAUCAGGUUGAUACCGCGUUUUUGCUUACAGAAUCGUCCAUUUUGGUGGCCACUCAGUCGCAAACUAUACCAACGUGUGGGCGCCCGCAAGAUCUGGGCGCCCUCACAUUUGAAUUAAAUCCCGCUCCGGUGGCUGGAUCCUUUCUACAUCCGUGUCUUGCGGAAUGGAAUGAUUACGGCUUGCG